ACAACUACCAGCUCGCGCUUCCCCUCUUUGUUUCCCUGCAAUCGGUCAGCACUUCACAAUGGCAUCUGUGACAGCAUGCGCUUCCACUAGCUUGGCCGGUCAGGCGUUGGGCCUCAGCAGCAAUGCUCUCGCAGCGAAAGUGAACGUCGGCGAAGCCCGCAUCGUUAUGCGCAAGACCAGCUCCAAGAGCUCCUCCAGCAUCUGGUACGGCGAGGACCGACCCAAGUACUUGGGCCCGUUCUCUGGUGCCACUCCCUCGUACUUGACCGGAGAGUUCCCUGGUGAUUACGGGUGGGACACUGCUGGACUUUCAGCUGAUCCCGAGACCUUCGCCAAGAACAGAGAGUUGGAAGUGAUCCACGCCCGAUGGGCCAUGUUGGGAGCUCUGGGAUGCGUCACCCCCGAGCUGCUGGCCAAGAACGGCACCAAGUUCGGAGAGGCAGUGUGGUUCAAGGCCGGGUCUCAGAUCUUCAGCGAGGGAGGUCUGGACUACCUCGGAAACUCGAGCCUCAUCCACGCCCAGAGCAUUCUGGCCAUCUGGGCCUGCCAGGUCGUGCUUAUGGGAGCCAUCGAGGGAUACAGAGUGGCAGGAGGACCCCUGGGUGAUGUGGUCGACCCCAUCUACCCCGGAGGCUCUUUCGACCCCUUGAACUUGGCUGAGGACCCAGACACCUUCGCUGAAUUGAAGGUGAAGGAGCUGAAGAACGGAAGGCUCGCCAUGUUCUCGAUGUUCGGAUUCUUCGUCCAGGCGAUCGUGACCGGAAAGGGCCCGAUCGAGAACUUGUCGGACCACUUGGCCGAUCCAACUGUGAACAACGCGUGGGCGUACGCCACCAACUUCACCCCCGGAAACUAGACGAGUUGAAGAGGCAUCGAGUCUUCCGAAAGAAGACUCACGUCGUUUGUACCAUAGAAUGAUUCAGUGACUUUGAGGCUCAGCCGGUUCCAGAUGUAUGCUAAGCUUUGUCAAGGAGAUGCGAGGUAGUGGUAUGUACAGAUUUGGUGAACCGGUUUUCGAUUCUGUGAGAUGGUUCAAUGUGCAAUGCGAACUCAAAAUUCGCAACAUUAAAGCCAUGUCACAGGUUGUAGUAGUAGUAUUAUGGUGAGGGCCUAGUUGUGUCAGACUGCGACAGUCAUCGCAUGAGAAGGUUGUCUCUGUACCAUAGCCAGCGCUCAGUCGAGAAUGCUCGAACUCAAAAUUCGACUCGAUUGUGGCUUUCUACAUCUGAAUUUCAACUGUAAUCAUAUUAUUCCAUUCAAUGUUUAAUUCAGGUAUAAUGCUAAAGUUUCACCG